ACACAGAAUCACAUGGAUUUACUUGGACCAGCAAGGCUGCAGAUUAAUGUUUUGUCUGCUUUAGUUAGGAAUCUGUAUUUCAUUUCACCUGGCUAUCCACAAGUUUUUCAGACUUUAUGACAUGCUCGAACGUUGACUGGACUUGUGUUUGAGUAAAGACCAAUUUCUUCUCUAACACGGAAGAAAAACACUCGUUCGGUCCUGUCCUGGGUGUGGCAGCCCAGAACGGCGCUCACCCUUCUGCAGGGUGACGGUUCCAUAACGCACCUCCACUCGUGCUCAGACACGCACGACCCAGGCAGUUCAGUGCGAUGAUUUCUGAGAACAGCCUUCACCUGCUGCUGCCGGACACCGGCGGGGAGGACACCGCUGCGCCUCGACACGAGCAGCAUAGCUGGGAUCACAAGCAAGGGGCAACAACGGGGUUUGCUCUCAAGCCAAUGCGAUGGGGCCGAGCAAGACAGCAGUCCCUGAUGAUGCGUUUGCAUUGAGCACCCAGCGAUACGGGAAUGAAGCUAAGGCUUUACAAGCACAGCUCCAGUUUAAUGGAAAUGUUCCUGCAGUUCCAGAGAACUUGGCUCUCAGAUUCUCUCACCCUCGUCCAAUUAUAAUAGAAAAACUGAAGGCAUCCAAUCUAGUUGGAAGUGAGGACCCCAGCCUGAAAAGCUCUGGGAUGUUCUCAGUGGUAUCUGAAGAGAGACUGAAAUUAGCUGUUCAGCUGGCAAAAAGGGACAUCAAACAAAGACGUCUCCAAGAACAAGUGAAACAGCGGGAAUUUGGAGAUGUGGUCAGUAAACCAUGGUGGACUCAAAAAUCACAACAGCAGAAGACUGAAGUAUUUGUAAGUCGAGAAAAUAAAAAUGCUCUGAAGUCUCAGUCUCGCUUGAGAUGUCAGCAGAGGCUUGACCAGCCUUCCCAAGGGGAGUCUGCCAGCUCUGAUGCAAACACUUAUCUCUGCGUAGUUAAGGAGGGAAAGCCAUCACCAGCUGUUUUGGACUCUCCACCCACCCAUGACACAGGACCAGACCCCAAGCCAAAUUUAAAUAAAAAAGAACAUAAAAAUACGCAGGAAGUCCAGCGUCUGCAGAAAGAAUUGAGGAGCUAUGUCCAGAAAAUCGAAGAAAUUAUUAAAAAAGGGAGAGAUAGAGAACUUGAUCCUGAAAACAAGCAGCGACUUUGCAUUAGGAGACAGCAACAAGCUGCACGGUCAGCUCGGAUGCUGUAUGUGCUCCAGCAACAGGUAAAAGAAAUUCAAGAUGAUAUAGAAAAACUGAGUCCUCAUACAAUCAAACAUACUAAAAAGUCUCGAGCAGCAUCCAGGUUGGCAGCAGCACACAGAGGAGCUGUACGAACCCUGCAGGCAUUUGCCAGUCAGUUUGCAGAUCAAACAGAUGAGCAGAUUCCUGCCCACUACAAGGAACUGGGCAGUCUCGUUCGACAACUGUCUCUAUGCUCUGCCAAAGUAGAAGGAGAUUCUUCCAUUUCUGACGUUAUCAUAGAUAUUUUGCUGCAAGUUGAGGAUCUGAAUUCACUGUUGGAAAACAAGCAAACACCAAAAACAGUGAAGAAAUGUAUUUCAGCUUCUCAGGCCAAAUCUCCAAGGAAGACUGAGACAUUUCCAGCCAGAAAGCACCUUCUGUCUCCAAAAGGAGAAAACAAACCUGUCCCCUUAAAGGGACAGCUUGGACAAGAGUCUAAAAAACCUCCAUGUGCUGGUAGUCUCUUGACUGCAGUUCAACAGGCAAACAGUUGUGCUCAUAUAUUGCACAAUAAAUACCAAGAAAAAAGUGGCCCACCUAUUCCAGAGAGAAAUGCCACUUUGCAAGGAAGCACAGUUGCACUGGUGAGAGCUAGAGCUGUAAAAAAAGAGUCUGUCCUUGAAAGUGGUGCUUUGAGGAAGAAAGAUGUGUCACUGCCUGCAAAACCACAGGGAAUGCUGAAAUCUUUAAAGUCAAGACGGGUACACCCUCCAGGAAAGCGUGCCCGAUUUCGAGAGCCAACUAUAGCUUUCCAACUAAAAGAGAACAAACGACCUGUUAAGGAGAGCAAAAUGCCCUGCAUGCCUUCAAAGGCUCCGCCUCGGUCUGGUUCACCUAAGCGGUCACAAACUGUUUCUCCAGCCCAUUGUGCAGACAAAGAUGGGAAGGAGGUACAGGAGUGGUCAGAGCCGCCGUUAGACAGGACACAGCAGGUUGCAACAAAUGCAGAUGUUCUGAGUGAAAAGCUAUUGGAUGACCUUUUGGAAGAUACUGCUCAGGAACUGUGGAGCAUGGAUCAGCAUGAGAGACUCCAGACCGAGGCCCUGCUUGUGGCUGACACUCAUAGCCUGGAGUCAAUGUUGCAAAGAAUGGAAGAAAUUGAAAUGUACCAGGAGGCUGUCCGCAGGAGAGUCACCCAGAUUGUGUACAGUGACUCCCAGUUUUGGGCCCAGGAAGACAAAACGGAACAACAAAUGGCAUCAACAGCUAAAAAACUUACAUCUCCUCAUCCAGUUCAGAUAACCAAAUUAACUGGACACACAGAGCUAGAAACAGACAUUUUAUUUGAAAAACCUUUUGACAGCAUUGAUAUUGAUGAAAACAAAGAAGCAGAGGAGAAAUUGCAGACUGGAGAUGACAUUCUGCAGCCCUUGCCUCCGAAUUCUCUACAGAAAGCGUAUUCUGUGUCUCUCUCUGUGCCAAACGAUGUGCUCCAGAGCAUCUUGGAUUAUAACAGCAGAUACAAGCAUCAUUUAAAGCUUAUUUCCCAUGAGGUGGUGGGCAAUUUCGAUCCAUGGCAGAUUGCUGAGAGUCUUGCAGAGCAACUGACAGAAGAAGCCCUGUGUGACGUGGCAGCAGAGUUGCAGGAUGUUUGUGAGGACUAUGCAGAAGCUGUGUUCACAUCGGAGUUUUUGCAGCCAAUGCACUGAAUUCUUUCCCACGUGCCCCAUCAACGUCAGCCUCAGCCUGACAGUCUGUGAGAUUUUCUGCACUGGAUCUCCAUCAAGGAUUCGUCUCAGGUUUUUAUAAAACCAUUAUAAUAAUGGUUUCCUUUUCAGACUUGAUGUUGUCUGAUCACCUUAGCACAUGCUUAGCACAUACACUGGGGUGAGUUCUUUGGGGAUGUGGCAAUCCAGUGAAGGAUUCUCAUGGAACAGCACAAAUAGAUGCAAACACUUGUCACUGGCUGUAGGUGCAGGCUUGCUUGGGCUCUUGCCAUCAGCCUCAGAGUGGAGUUCCUGAGUAUCUCUAGUACAUCAUGCACAGGCAAAAUGAGACCUUUCAAUAGAAGCACAUGGUAGAGAUCUUACUUUCUUUUUCUUAAACUACUCUAAAAUGUUACAUUUUUAACAGCAUUUAGUGAUUCAACCCCACAUUCCUUUCUCUUAAGAAUCCCAAUGAAAUCAAGAACAACAAAAUAAAUGAGCAAUUGGCAUUUCUGCAACAUUAAAUUAACUUGUUUCAAGUAAUCAAGGUACUAGUUUGGGUUAUGUCUGGAGUCAGAGCAAUGAGUAAUAAUUACAUAUGUAGUAUACUAGGGAAAUGCAAAUUCAUCCCUUGAGGUAACUCGAAGAACAAUAUGAGUCUGUUUCCUUUGUCAAUUUUUUUUUCUCCAGUAUUAUUCAACUUAUAACACAUUCAUUUUUAACCUUCUAAGAUUAUUUCCUCUAAUUAGAACAUAUAUUUUAAAAAUAAUUUUGUUUCUAUUGAAGCCUGGUUUACUAUUUCAAUCAUCUUCAAAUUUACAUAAAAUGUAAUAAAUGUUACUGCUGAAGCAUGACUUUGCUGAUACGCGAUUCUGUAAUUUAAAACAGUUAAUUUCUAAGAUUAUAAGUCAAAAAUACUAAAGCAAUAGUGUCUCUAUGUAUGUGUAUAUAUGCGUCUGAAAGUAUUUUGAGGAUGUCUUAUUUUUUAAUAAACAACACUUGUUUAUUAUCACUGAA